ACACGCUCUGAGCGCCGGUGUUUAGUAACGCAUACCGGACAGUUCGGGUACGUACGUGGUCGCGGUCGUCGUCGUGUGGACACUGCUCUGCCUCACCGGUUCGCGUCUAUCGAUCACGAUCUAGGUACCUAGAUUGCAUGAAUUGUAUCCACUCGCGAGCGGGCGAAUAGUUCACGUUUGAUCGUUUUCGCGUCGACCGACGGCAAUAAUAUUCGACAUCGGCUCGAAACAAUAAUAAUAUUAUUAUAUAAAGCAUCGACCACAUCACAGGUGCCCAACUCACCCGUCCGCGUCAGAUUCGAGGCUCGUAUCGCCGUCACUUGUACUAACGAUUCGCAUUUAUUGUUCUAACGUGGCGACACACACACACAUAUCACAAUCAUAAUAUUGUCUUCACGACCACCGACAGUCUUCGUCACACGGACACGCCGCCGCACUUGCAGCAGCCGUCCCCGCUCGUUCCCGCCGUAUCCGCGUUUAUGCGUGUCCAGUUAUAAUCACCUCUCAAACCUUCUCAUUCAGAUCAAGGACGCAAUACAAUGAGUACCACCAGGAGACAAAGCAAAGAAAAAAUUGAAGAAUCAUGUUUUCGUCAUAAUUUGCUUACUAUAUUGACAAUAGCUUCCGUAGCUGGUGGAGUCGUUUUAGGAUUUAUUUUAAAAGGAUCUAAAUCAGAAUGGACAAAACGCGAAAUAACGUACGUACAAUUCCCUGGCGAUAUUUUCCUACGUAUGUUGAAAAUGUUAAUUGUCCCGUUACUUGUGUCAUCUAUUGUAUCGGCUAUCGGAUCGUUGGAUUUAUCUUUGUCUAAGAAAAUUGGCUUCCAGUCAAUUGCUUAUUAUGCAGCGACCACAUCGAUGGCAGUUUUGCAAGGUAUAUUUUGGGUGAUGUUGAUCCAUCCUGGUAAAAUUAUGAGCCAGGAAGAGCAAACGGCAAGCGUACACCAAGAAACUAGACCAAUCACUACUGUCGACACUAUAUUAGACUUAAUAAGAAAUAUAUUUCCGGCCAAUCUCGUUGAAGCAACUAUAUCGACUUACCGAUCAGUACUUAUCCCUCCUAAAGCACUACCGAACUCAACAGUUAGCGUUCCUGAUAUGACAUUAUGGGAAAUAAAAUCAGAAAUGGUUGAAGGAUCUAACGUGCUUGGAUUAGUCGCAUUCUCUGUAGCUUUUGGUAUAUGCAUUGGAAAAUUGGGACCCACAGGAAAGCCACUUUUAAACUUUUUCGAUAGUUUGGGUGAAGCUGUGAUGUUAAUGACCAACUGGGUGAUAUGGUUAUCGCCAAUGGGUGUGCUCUUUUUAGUAGCAUCCAAAGUAUUGGAAUUGGACGACUUUGGCGUGAUUGUUGGUAGACUAGGAAUGUACUUCUUGACAGUAGUGCUUGGAUUGUUCGUCCAUGGAUUUGUUCUAUUACCACUCAUGUACAGUUUAUUCACACGUCAAUUACCAUUCCAAUUCACAAUGAACAUGGGCCAAGCUAUCAUAACAGCUUUCGGAACAGCUUCCAGUUCUGCGUCUUUGCCAAUUUCAAUGGCCUGUCUAGAAGAAAACAAUAAAAUUGACGUUCGAGUUUCACGGUUUGUAAUGCCCAUUGGAGCAACAAUCAACAUGGAUGGUACCGCCUUAUACGAAGCAGUGGCCGCAAUUUUUAUUGCCCAACUGAAAGGCAUACAAUUAAGUUUUGGUCAAAUUGCAGCUGUAAGUGUGACAGCUACUAUGGCAUCUAUUGGAGCAGCUGGAAUUCCUCAGGCAGGAUUAGUUACAAUGGUGAUGGUUUUGGACACAUUAGGACUACCAGCAGAUGAUGUUUCAUUGAUCAUUGCUGUCGAUUGGUUGCUUGACCGAUUCCGAACCACUGUGAAUGUGCUUGGAGAUGCUUACGGUGCUGGAAUUGUUGCGAAAUUGGCAGAAAACGAUUUGGAAAUUAUGUCUUCCAAUGGAACUGUGGAAGGAGGUAAAGUGCCCAACGAUGAAUGGCACACAACAUCUAUGUAGACACAAUCAGCCAUUUUUAUUUUUGUUUUGUGACUACAUUUUCUAAUUUCCGUUCUAUUUUAGAACAUUUAAACUUAAUCUUAAUAAGGGUGUACCAUCAUUUUUAUUAUUAACCAGAUAUUAUAUUGUUUUGUUUAUUGUUUUUAACUAAAUAAAAUCAAAUUAGUUUUAGACAUAAUUAUUAUAUUUAUUAUGAUUAUUGUAAUCCAUUAUUAAUAGCUACAUUUUUAUUACGAUUAAGAAUUGGUCACCAAAAACAUAUAGGUAGAUAAGAUACCUAUAGGUUACUAAUAACAAAUGUAAAUACUCAUCUGAAAUGUACCUACCUUACUUUUUAAUACACCUAAUCUGAGAGAUUAGGAAGAUCAGAUUCUCUUAGAUUAAGUACCUACAACUAAAUGUUUAAAUUUCCAAAACAAUGUUCAACAAAUUAAUUAUUGUACACAAAAACUACGCCUAUUUAUCAUCUAUUUUGUAUUUCAAUUUUAAUUAUUCACAAUGCAGUCAUAAAAUCAUCAUGUAUGAUUAUGAUUUAUUAGUUACUGAUGAAGAUCAUUUUUAAAAAAAAGUUUAUGUAGAAUAAUAUUAUCCAUGUUGGCAAUACUAAACAAUAAUCAUAAACAAAAAAUAUCAUUAAAAUAGUAGUAUGUAUGAUCUGUUAACAUAAGUACGCUUUUGCAUUUCAAAUCAGUAAAAUCAUUUUUAGCAUACACUUUUUCAUUUGAUUACUUUUAUAACUGUACAAAUUAAAAAUAAAAAACUGAACACUUUUAACCUAAAAUAAAAUAUUUAUGAUAUUUGAAUUAAUAAAAUUAUUGUAAGAAUAAUAAUUACAUAUGCAUUUUAAUACUUUGAAUUUCAAUUAGAAGCAUAUGUAACUAUUAUAAUAUAUAAAUUAUUGAUUGGCUUACAUUAAAUUAUAAUUUAAAAAUUGUAAUGAUUAAAAAGUUAUAACAACAUAUAUUUAAUUUUAAAAUUUACUUGUGUACAAUAUUUAAGUAAGAAUAACAAAUAAUUUGUGUUCCUCUCCAUACUAAAAUAUUCCAUUAUUAUUAUUUAGAAUUUUACAUCAUCUUACAAAUUAAAAUUUACUAUAAUAGCUACCUAAUUUAAUAAUUACUUUGAUAGAUUGUAUGUAAUAUUUUAUGUAAUCCACAUUUUUGUUUCAAUAUUGCCUACUUCAUUUUAUUUAUAUAUUUUUAAGACAUUUCAUUAAUAACUUUACAAUAAAUUAUAGCUGAAGAAUCAUAAUAUUAUGCUAGUUGGCCUUUUGGUCAUUCACGGAUCAUUAGUUUAUUGUUCAGUAUUUUAAGUAAUUUAAUUUAUUUGAGUUAUUACUACUGUACUUUAUUUAAUAGGUACUAUUUUUUUUAUAUGGUUAUGUCAUUAGUUUAGUAAAAAAAAAGCU